AUGGCUUCAUCCUUCUCCUUCACAGAAAGGUACGACGUGUUCUUGAGCUUCAGAGGUGCAGACACACACAACUACUUCACGAGCCACUUCAACAGUAAAUUAGUGGCGUCUGGAAUCCAUACCUUCUUCGACAACAAACUAAGGAGAGGGGAAGAUAUAUCACUGUCAUUGAUCAGGGCAAUCGAAGGGUCUAGGAUCUCUCUCAUAGGCUUCUCAGCGAACUAUGCAAGUUCAACAUGGUGUCUUGAUGAGCUGGUGAAGAUCAUGGAGUGUAGAAAAACAUUGGAGCAAGCUGUUUUUCCAAUAUUCUAUCAUGUUGAUCCUUCAGAUGUCAGGCAUCAGACGGGAAUGAGGGAAAGUUUCUCCAUGACAUUUUUUGACCUGAUUAGUAGACAGCUGAGACCCACACAUACUUACAUGUGGCCAACGACCCAGUUGGAAAUAGAUUUUGGCGUUGAAGAGAUUAGUAAAUCAUUAUGUGUUGGAGUAGAUGAUGAUGUUCACAUGGUUGGAAUUUGGGGUAUGGGUGGAAUGGGCAAAACAUCUGUUGCCAAAGCCAUCUACAACAAAUUUUAUCGUAGUUUUGAAGGAAUUGAUUUUCUUCCUCAAGGAAACCUGGUUUCUAUGGACCUGCAGUACAGCAAUCCCGUACAAGUUUGGGAGCGUCCCAGGGUGCUCGAGAAGUUGAAGAUUCUUGAUCUCAGUCAUUCACAUUACCCGACACAAUCACCAGACUUUUUAAAACUCCCAAAUCUUGAGUAUUUGAUCAUGAAAGGCUGCAAGAGUUUGUCAGAGAUGCACCAGUAUUGCCGAUGGUAA